GUGACUCUGGACCCACAUCGUGGUCGAUUGUUGUCACAGUACACAGUAUUGAUUCUUCGCACAUCACACUUUCAGUAAAGAAUGGUUGUUUCUACUCUUCCUGCUAAAGGCUAUAGACAUGAGACAUCUUGAAUCAAUUUGGUUUCCUACUGAAGACUUCAGUGUUUGCACAGUGUAUCGUGUUCAGUGGUUAGAGAGGCUGUUCUGUGGUGCAGGUGCUUGUGUUGUGAUGCUGUUGUGUUAACCUCCCUGCUUCACGGAUUUCACCAACUCUAGCUUCACUGUGUGGGUGUGUUUUCAUUUUCCUCUAUCACACUGUGUGGCAGAAGGUCGUAUUGGAGAACGGCGUCCUUGACAACACAGGUAUUUCCAAGGUCAAGCUAGUCACUUUCCAGAAGCCUUUCUACCACCUCUCCAACAUGUCCAGCUAUUCACGCGGGAGGCCAGGUUCCCUUCUGGAAUCAUCCAGCUCAGGACGUUCUCACUCACCCAGUCCAGUAAGGAAGACAUGGCCUCACCCAGAGAUCAAGAUGACCAGGGCACAAGAACUCAGACAGAAGCCUAUGCAAUCAUCUAGAAAACUCCAGGUCAAGCCUGGUCUUCCAGGUGAUGAGGGUCUGAUAGUAAGGAACUCCCUGAGCAGUCUUGGAUCUCAAGAGUCUUUUCACAUAUCCAGAUAUUCAACUUCAAACACCUCUAUAAGUUCUCUGGGUAGGGAGUCAUCUUCUUACAAAGCCCCUCAGAGUCCGAAGGGAGAGCCAGGUAAAUCGGUUAUAGACAGGUUAUACAAAGCACCUGAGGUCAAACAUGAUUUCUUGAGAAAGUCAAACAGAGGAUUGCCUGAAGGAAAUUAUCGGAGAAUGAACAGUGGUGAUAAAAAUUAUUCGAGAACUGUAAGACGUAAAGUAUAUGACUGGGUGAAUCGCAAAGUGAAAUCUCAGGAUGACGUCCGUGAUGAGACAAAAUAUUCGAGGGCAAGAACACAUAGAACAAGGCGAAACUCGUACCCACUAGGAGCAGACAACUCUGUACAUGCCCUUAGCGAUGAGGUGGAAAAUGGAUAUAAGGAACAUGGGCCACGGUUUAUACAGUUCUACUUUCAGAAGGGCUGGAGAUGGCUAGGUCCAAGGGUCGACAGGUUUCUAACUUGGAUAACUGUUGGUCCCAAACUUCCUGCUGCAACUAAUGAGGAACGGUACAUUUGGGAAGAGAGAGAGACCAUUGCGCAGCCGUACGAUCCCGAGGAGUCAUAUGUGGACAUGCUGGACAUGCUGUGUGGAGAGGUGACCAUGGACAAGUUCUCAGAAUUUGUCCAUGUAUAUGACGGAGAUGAUGUCCCCAAGCCUGUCAUUCCCAAGAAGGAACCAGAAGAAGUUCCUAAGCCUGUUGUGCCCAAGAUAGAACCAGAAGUUCCUAAGCCUUUAAUGGACCAUGUAGCCGUACAAACAGAGAGAGUCAAGUUUGAUGCAUGGACAAACACAUACAAACCGAUUAUGGUGAACAAACUUGUUGGAGCCGGAGCAAAGAAAAACAUGAGUACAAGCACUUCCGACCUGAGCAAGCAUGUGAAGGCACGGACUGCCGUGGGUACCACUACAGCUGAUCUCAGGGACCUAGCCAAUCCUCGGGGCAUUCCAGCAAUCCGUGUAGAUGCUGGUACAUCAACCAGUGACCUGUGCGAUGACUGGAGUGACUCCACUCUCACCCCCAGGGCAUCACCGGUCUCGGUGGUUCAGGAUGAUGUGUCUCCAGCAAACUACGAUUCCCUCUAUUCCGAGAACCUCAGGAGAAGUCUCAUUGACAAGGUGAACAAUUACUACAAGGAGAUUACCAUCAGCAACCUCCAUGGCAACAAGUGGGCAGACAGGAGGAGAUCGUCAAAGGCUGUGAUGACUGAUGAUGAAACAAUGGAGAUUCAUACCGAGCUGAACAAACUAGCCUCUGAACGGAUCGAGAUAAUAGAACUUCUUGCCUUACAUAUCCCCAACUUGCCAUCCUGUUUGACAGUUGAACUCCUUGAGGCUAAACUGAACUACUCUAUUGGGCAGACUGAUCAGUUGCUAGCCCUCCUAGAAGACUCUUGGGAACUUGAGGCCAGACUGCCAAACUCCACUCGAAGCAAGGAACUGGUGAACAUCACACAGGAAAUCAUUCUUCAAAGCAGAGUUGAACUUGAAGAGUCCAAGAAGGCCAUCAAACUGUGUCUGGAUGAGGUGAGGCACAUUCAGGCUGGGGGACACAGCAGAAACAGGUUUCUCAACAGAGAGAUCAUGAAAAUGAAGAGAAGGGCUGAGAUUGAAGCUUUCAAGCUGGAAAGAAUGUGGGAACAACUGUUUUAUGAGAGGUCCAAAAAGGAAGAAAGGUUCCUAAGGUCUGUCUAUUCUGGCUAUGAAAGGUCCCCGUCUGUUUCCAGCACUGAUUCUGCUGUAGAUGCUAUGGAGAAAUAUGUUCACUUCUUGACGGAUCUCAGGAAGAGAAGUGCAUUGGCUGCCUCAGAAGAUGAGCUGAAUGAUCUGAGAAUGCGAUCCCCCCUGUCUCAACAUGACAUCAAUGACUACCAUAACCGCAGCUGGGACACAUACAGCCUUGCGUCUACAUCAUCACAAGCCUCACAGCACAGGGACUACAUAGCUGAACUCAAGAGGCAGAUGGCUUUGGACAAGGAGCGAGAUUUUCCAUCCUCCCGAUCUAGAUCAGAGUCUCAUUGUAACUGCAGUUUCUCGUCCACUAACUCCCGGCUGUCCUCUUCCUCACAUGUAGAUUCAGGCCUGGGUCAGUCUUCUUCCAGCUAUGCAGCCCAGCCACAGUACUCCAGCAGCUGGUCCAAGAGGUACAUAGGACCUGGAUCUCUGUACACUGCAAGUUCCAAGUCAACCACUUACAGAAGCUCUUCCCAACAGCCCUCUUCACUGUACAUGUCUCAGGUUGACCACUUGAGCCCUACACGUCCAAGUUACAGGUCAGCAGGCAGGUACUCGGUCAAGUAGAAGAUCAACUUGUCCCUACUGUCCAAGAGGAUGCCAUACCAUUCUGGUAUCCUGGAUGCCAAGCACUAGUUAGUGGUAUUGCAGAUGGUAUGUAACAUGUAUUACCAACGUCUGUGUGGACACCAAUAUUCCAGUAUUGACGUGUUUCUUGCAAAGAGUGAAAAAUGAAGAAUAAAUUUGGCACUUAGGUUGUAAGCACACAUGGUCAUGUAUUCUAUGUGAAAUAUCAGUCUACUCUACACAUACCAGCUGCAUAUGCUGACAUGACUCAAGCCAUAAAUUGGAUGCUAAGGACAAAAUUAAGUGGUAUGCCGUCUGGCUGUGGUACAGGUCAGUAGGCAGGUAGUGUGUCAGCUUUCAAGCAGAAGAUCAUCAACACGACCUUUCAUGGCCAUGGCACAGAUUGGCAGGCAGCAGAUACAGAUCAUUGUUUCUGGCAUCUUUCCAUGACAGACUUUGUAUCAAUUUAUAAUACUUCAAAAGACAACACAUUUGAAAUCAAAUAUAAAUGUUUCGUAUUUCUCUACUUUGAAGUAUGCUGCUGAGUGAAUCUGUAAGACAAUUAACUAACCAUUACUACUAUUAUGUCCAUACCUAUUAAUUUUUAAGCACAUAUAUACCUACACUUUGUAUAGUUGUGACACAUGAGUGUAGAGUUAUCUCCCUUUAAUUCUUUACGUGGUACCUAAUCACAGAGUGUAGCAGUUUCAUGUGUUUCAAAGAUGUGCAUGUGCAAGUUGGAUGUGGACACACAAGAAAGAUGUGUAUGUACAAGAAGGAUGUCUACAUACCAGAAGGAUGUGCACACAAAAGAAGGAUUUAUAGCAGUGUAUGAAAUAAGUAAAAAAUUCAGCCAGACAUCAGGGCUGGUAACUU